CGUUGCUUCUUUUGACAUUUUGCUCGCGGCCAUCAUCAGUUCAAAAAUUAUUUGUUAUUGUACAAUUUUCUAACUUCUCUAAUGGUUUAGUGUAAGGUUUUGUACAACAAUUUUAUCUUGAAGUUUUCUUACAGUCGUCUAUCGAUCAGCGUAUAAGCCAUGGACCGACUGUGGAAGUUGGACCGCAUGUGUCGAACUUGUCUAGUCGAAGGAAGCGAUUUUACUGAUUUGUAUCAGAAGGACUCUCAACUAGAUUGUAAAAUUUCGUCUAUGGUUUCUGCCUGCAGUUCUAUGAAGAUCCAUGAAAACGAUGGACUGCCAGGCAAAAUUUGCCAAAGUUGCAUAGAAAUGGUUCGGAAUGCAUUUCAGUUCCGAACUCAAUGUGAGGUAGCUACUCGAUCAUUGAAAUCGCUGGCUGAUGUGCACAAUAUCAAGUUUUUGGAAUCAUCUAUCAGCGGCGAAAGCCAAGGAACUCAAACUGAACAAUCAACUACCGGUGUACCUUGCGAUCGGUGCCAUACGACGAAACGCACAUCGCCUCGGAAAAAGGUUGACAAUAGUUUAGUUUCCUCGACGAAAUCGUGGAAAAUGCUUAAGGAAGAACGAAUCGAUCCGGAACCGGUCAGCUUCGUUGAAGUGGAAUACUUGCGCGACUCUGAUUCAGACGGAGAUAUAAGCAAACUAGAUAUAGCUCUGGAGCCACCGCUGUGCAAAGUCGAAGUGUUUGAAAACGUUGAAUUUCUUGCGGAUACAUCUUCCUCGACAUCUAAGAAAGUUAAAAACGAACCCAUAGAAGAGAAUGAUUCCUACAGGGAAAACAGUCCUGGCCCAAUGGCAGAUGACUUCCACGAUAAUGAUGAUGAUGAAGAUGACGACGACGACGAUGAUGAUGAUUUCACGCUUAAAGAGAUUAAAGACCGACUAAAACCUACCAAAACCGAACAGCCAACGAUAGAUGACAAAGAGUCUGAAACUGGGGAGGAAAAUAAAUGCAAUUACUGCGAUAAAGUGUUCAAAAGGGCAACACAUUUGAAGCGACACAUUUUAACGCAUACUGGAGAGAAAAAUUUCAAAUGCGAUGCUUGUGAUAAAGCCUUCUCUAGGCGAGAUCAUCUCGUAAAGCAUGAAGCUUCAUUCCAUUCCACGGAACGACCGUACCCUUGCCAGAUGUGUGAAAAGACGUUCAAACGUGCAGAACAUCUACGCACCCAUAUGGACUCUCGGCACAGUGAAAAUCGUGUUGAAAAACAACGUGUUUAUUGUGAGAUCUGUAACAAAGGUUUUGUUUCUCCCAAAACGCUCGAAACGCACAUAAAAGCACACUCAGAGGAAAAAGUAUUCAAAUGUGAACACUGCGAGGAGGAGUUCACCGAUCGUACUCGAUAUCGUAAUCACAUUAAGAAAAAUCAUUCCCAAGGUUCUGCGUUUUUGUGUUCCGAGUGCGGCAUGAGUUUCCUGCGUAAUGACUAUUUGCAAGUUCAUAUGCGGCGUCACAUGGGCAUAAAACCAUUCAAGUGCAAAUUUUGCCCUAAGGGUUUCCCGAGAGCCACUGAUCUAAGGGUUCACGAAAAGUAUCACACCAACGAAAAACCGCACUUGUGCAAUAUCUGUGGCAAAGGAUUCCACAGAGCGUACAAUUUAGUCGUUCAUAGUCGUACUCACAACGGCGUUAAACCGUACCAAUGUCCACAUUGUCCGAAAAGUUUUGCCCAGGGGAAUGAUCUGAAAGCACACGUGCGCAGACAUACUGGAGAACGGUACCGCUGUGAUAUCUGUAGUGAAGGAUUUAUCCAAGCGUAUCAGCUUACAAAUCACAAACGUUCUGUUCAUAACAUAGAAUCUGAUUCUAUAACUCGCCGUGUUCGUAAAUUCCUCACUCCAGUAGCUCAGGAGCAACAGGUUCGCCUUCAAAAACACCAUCAGCAACUGGAACAACUAUUGGCUCAGCAAAAGGAACUGGAACAAAAGCAGCAACAAGAGUGGAACGUUGAGUCGAAUGAUAGCGAACUUCAGAAAAAGAUUUUGGAAACUAAAGAACGAAUACAAGACGUGGAGCGAGAGUUAGAAGAUAUAAACAAUCGACUGCAGGAAGAACUGGAUCGACAACAAGCGGAGCAGCCACAUUCCAAUGAAACCCAGGAGGACUUGCAUGAAGCACUGGUUUCAAAUCAAGCUGCAAUAACAGAGCCGGUUGCGGCCCAGAAUUAUAGACCAGUUAAUCUUGUGUAUGGCCAUCAAUUUUUAAACGACCCUUCGGCGCCACCCAGAGGUUUAGUAAAAAUGGAACAUUUUCAAUAGAAUAGCUCUUCAAAGUUUUGUCGUGAAAUACAAGUGUCUGUGUGUGUGUAUCCUUUAAUUGUUGAGUUUUAUUCAAUCAUUCACAUCACGCUUCACUCGCUCAGAUUACACUAGUUCAGGUUGAUUGUACUGGUUGAUUAUAUUCGAUCAAGCGCUUCGACCAUUAUGAUACUGUUUCCACGAAUAACCUGAA